AUGGCUGAAUUGAUGGAGAACCCAAAGGUGAUGGAGAAGGCUAAAGCUGAGGUUAGAAAGAUCUACAAAGAAAAAAGAUUUGUGGAUGAAAGUGAAAUUUACCAAUUGAAAUACUUAAACUCAAUUGUGAGAGAAACUUUAAGGCUUCACCUACCAGGAGUACUGCUACUUCCACAAGAAAAUAUUGAGAAAUGUGUGAUCAAUGGAUAUGAGAUACCUGAAAAGAUCAAAGUCAUUGUCAAUGAUUGGGCAAUACUAAGAGAUCCCAAGUUUUGGGAUGAUGCUGAUACUUUCAAGCCACAGAGAUUUUUGGAUAAUCUAAUUAAUUUAAAGGAACAAACUUUGAUUAUAUACCAUUUGCUACCAAAUGGAAUCACUCAUGUUGAAUUUGACAUGUUUGAGACAUUUGCUGCAAGUGUAAGAAGAAUUGAGAAGCUUUGA